AUGAGUACAUUGACAAUUUCAAGAUGUCCAAUAGUAGUUCGACAUGAUUUUCCAGAUGAAAUGAUGAAUUAUAUUGAUGAAAAGAUGGAUGAAGGAUAAUACAAAAAGAGGUUUCGAUAUGAUCGUCCAGACAAGGUAUGAAAAUAUAUUUUGAAGGGUUACUAGAAAAAAAGUAAACAAACAAAAUCGAUUCUAAAUAUGAAUUCACAAGAGAUCUUUUAAAAAAUAGUAAUGGGAAAGAAAGAACCAAAAGAGGAGAGGUUUCGAAUAAAACCAAAAUAAAAAAUUAAUACAACUGCGUUGCACUCUGCUCUUUUAAAAGUAAAAAAAUAAAAAGAAGAAUUAGAUAUAUGUUUAGCGGUAUAAAAGUAAUAUAUUAUUAGAUAGCAGAUAAAGCUAAAUAAUGUGUAAAUGAGAAUGAUAUUUGUAUGUUAGCAAAUGAAGGAGCUGUCAAAUUUAUAAUGUCUUAGAAUCUUGAUAUAGAUGAAGCUGCAUUAUUAAAGACAAAGAAAGGAAAUACUUUUCAUCCAAAACCAAAGAAAUCUUAGUCUGUAAAAUAAGUAAUAAUGGAUGAGCCAGAGAAUUUAUUAUCAAUAGAAGGGAGAUCAUAUAAUAUGGCUGNAAAUUAUUAAAAGAUGGGAUAUUUUAUUAUUCUACUUUUUAUAAAAAUAUAUUUCCAAAUCCCUAAUUUUUUAUUAUUCAAUUGA